AUGCAUUUCAACCAUGCAUUGGACAUGACUUUCAUGCAUUCCCCAUAUGUACAAAUGAAACACGCUCAUGUCCUACGAGUUCCUCCAUCCUUCCAACCACUGAGUGAAUCUCAUCUAUUGAGAUCAAGAGCUUCAUUAGAAAAUCAACGUGUUCGAUUGACCUUUGCUUUGAAACAUCGAAACACUCAAUGGCUGACGAAAACCUUCGAACGUGUCAGCAAUCCCGACAGUGAACAGUAUGGAAAUUUCCUUUCAAUGAAACAGGUAGCCAAAUUAACAGCUCCAGAAGAAUCUCAUUCGAAAGCACUCUUUCAGUUUUUGAAUAGUAUUCCAGACGUUCGCAUCACUCACAUGUCAAAGCACAUGAAUUUUGUUACUGUGAGUAUGAGUGUGAAAUCCGUGGACACAUUCUUGAAAGCCAAGAUGACCCCAUUUAUGCAUAAAGAGACUGGACAAGUCUUUUUCCGUUCCGUUGAAGGAUUUGCUCUUCCUCUUCAUGUGGCUCCUGGAAUUCACACCGUUUUUGGAAUUCAUCACUUUCCGACCUAUAAACGAAAAUUGAAAAGAAGUAGACUGCAUUUUAAGGGCCUUUCUCAAAAUGAGACUCCAUUGACCACACCUCAAUCGAUAUGGAGGAGAUAUAACAUGACCCGAGACGACCUGAAUGUGAUCUCUUUUCCCAAAAAUAGACAAGCCAUUGCUUCCUUUUUAGGAGAAUACUAUUCACCAAAAGAUCUAGAAAUGUUCCAACGUACCUUUAACCUCUCAAGAAUGCAACCUGUCGUUCAUGGUCCUAAUGAUGCUUCAAAACCUGGAAUUGAGGCUUCCUUAGAUAUUCAAUAUAUUAUGGCAACCGGUCAGAACAUCAACACCACCAUCAACUCCAUUCCAGAUGAAGAAACUGCUGAUCCAUUCCUUGAUUGGAUAUCCUUGUUACAAUCACAAGGUGAUGAAUGUGCCUAUGUGCAUUCCAUUUCAUAUGGAGCAGUUGAAAAAUACAUUCCAGAAGAUGUGCAAAUGACUCUCGAUUAUGAAUUUCAAAAAUUAGCAAUUGCUGGAAGGACUGUACUGAUCGCGAGUGGAGACGAUGGAGCUCGAUGCAGUCAAGAUGAAACUUCAUUUGAACCAGAAUGGCCAACUUCAUCGCCCUACGUCACAAGUGGUUUUUCAAAUGCUUAUUCUCGCCCAAGUUAUCAAAACGAUGCAGUGGCUUCCUACCUCUCGCAACCACACGUUCCCUCUCAGAAAUAUUUCAAUCCUAACGGAAGAGCUUAUCCAGAUAUUUCAGCGUAUGGUGUGAAUUAUCAAGUCAUGUGCAAUGGACGUGUUGAAAAUGUCGAUGGAACAAGUGCAAGCACUCCGGUCGUGGCAGGUAUGAUUGCCCUGUUAAAUGAUUUGAGAAUACAGCGUGGAAUGAAACCAUUAGGUUUUUUGAAUUAUUGGCUCUAUAAGAAGGUGGCUGUUAAGGAAAAUUUUAAUGCAUUCUAUGAUGUGACGUUUGGAAAUAAUGCCAUGUAUCCUUGUCCUGGAUUUCCUGCAACAAAAGGAUUUGAUGUGGUGACUGGAUGGGGAACUCCAAAUUUUGAAGUGUUGAAAAAGAUUGCCUUGGAAUAG